AGAUCUUAAAAGAUUUAAAGUGUUCCUUUCUUUCUUUUCUGUUUCUGUCUCUCUCACACUCUUAAUGUGUGACUCGCUGUGUACAGUGAGGUGCGACGCAUCACAAGGCUCGACUCAAGUCCUGCCCUGUCCCUCAUCUCCUUCAGUGUUCACUCUCCUAACCAGGCAGUAGACGUCUGCCAUCCGUGUUGGCUAUAAAGUGUAGAGGAUUUCUCAAUUACCAUAUUGUUCGAUCCGGCCGAAGGUGCCUGUUAUUGCAGGUGUACAACCCAGGGAAGAUUGUAAAUGUUGUGGAGACGUCCUGAUAUUUAGCGGAAAGCACAAUAAGGGGUCCAGGUGUGUGCCGUGAGAGAGCUCUUCUAGUCUGAAGGCUAUCCUGGGCCAUUGCGUCCCAGGUGUGCAGGUAAGCAGCUGUGGUUUGGGCUGGACUCUGCUUCACCAUGGAGGACUUGAAGAUCGUCAACAAGGGGCUGGAGGACGAGAUGGAGAUCGGCGGGUACCGUCUAUGCCGCUGGAAGCUGGCACUGGUGGGGGCGGGGGUGGUUUGCACGGGCGGCUUCCUGCUGCUGCUGCUCUACUGGAUGCCUGAGUGGUGUGUCAAGGCCACCUGCACUCGCACCACCGUGAAGGAGGCCGAGAUGGUGCUGCUCCAGUCCACAGACGAGUUCAAACGCUGGUUCCUGGCUAAGGUGCGCGUGAUGCUGGCCCCUGGCAGGGACCCGUUUGACGACCUGGACUCUCAGACCACCUCGACUUCCGUGGCCAACGGCCAUACCACCCACAACUCCCAAAGCCCCGCCCAGGAGUUAAUCCACAAGUAUGCCGAGUACCAGCCCGUGCAGAUCCGCUAUUUCACACUCCACAGCACAAAGUACUACUGGAGUGACACGUCCCAGAAUUUUGAGGUGUUCACUGGCCUGGAGGAUCUGGAGGUGACCUGCUCCACCGUCCACUCGAAGCACAGCGCAGGGCUCUCAAGGAACCAGCAGGAGUAUAGGAGAUUAUUUUUUGGAGUGAAUGAAAUUGCAGUGAAAGUGCCUUCUGUUUUCAAGCUGCUAAUUAAGGAGGUCCUCAACCCCUUCUACAUCUUCCAGCUCUUCAGUGUAAUCCUCUGGAGUGCGGACGAGUACUACUACUACGCCGCGGCCAUCGUCUUUAUGUCUGUCAUAUCGAUAGCUACCUCCCUGUACACCAUCAAAAAGCAAUACGUCAUGCUUCAUGACAUGGUGGCAGCUCACAGUAUUGUCCGAGUUUCCGUUAUCAGAGCCAAUAAUGAAAUCGAGGAGGCCAUGUCCACUGACCUCGUCCCAGGUGAUGUCAUGGUGAUCCCCAGCAAUGGGACCAUCAUGCCUUGCGAUGCCGUGCUGAUCAGUGGAACAUGCAUUGUCAACGAGAGCAUGCUCACAGGUGAGAGUGUGCCCGUCACCAAAACCAACCUGCCCAACCCACGCCAGGGAGAGAAGGGGGACGAGGGCGAUGGCUUCUACUGCACCGAGGAACACAAGAGGCACACUCUGUUCUGUGGCACCAAUGUCAUCCAGACCCGCUUCUACUCAGGGGAGCUGGUCAAAGCCGUGGUGGUCCGCACUGGCUUCAGCACAGCCAAAGGGCAGCUUGUGCGCUCCAUCCUCUACCCCAAGCCCACGGACUUCAAGCUGUACCGUGACGCCUCCCUCUUUCUGCUCUGCCUGGUGGCUGUGGCCGGCAUCGGCUUCAUCUACUCCAUCGUCCUCAGCAUCAUGAACCAGGUGCCGGCUAAGACCAUCAUCAUCGAGUCUCUGGACAUCAUCACCAUCACGGUGCCCCCUGCUCUCCCGGCAGCCAUGACGGCGGGCAUCGUCUACGCCCAGCGGCGCCUCAAGCGCAUCGGCAUCUUCUGCAUCAGCCCACAGCGCAUUAACAUCUGCGGCCAGCUCAACCUGGUCUGCUUCGACAAGACGGGCACCCUCACCGAGGAUGGCCUGGACCUGUGGGGAGUCCAGAGAGUGGAGAACAAAAGUUUCCUACUGUCGGAGGAGAACCCCUACAAGGAGAGUCUGGUGAAGUCCUCGUUUGUGGCGUGCAUGGCCGCCUGCCACUCCCUCACCAAGAUCGAGGGCCAGAUCUCUGGGGACCCCCUGGACCUCAAGAUGUUUGAGGCCACUGGCUGGAUCCUGGAGGAGGCCACAGAGGAGGAGACAGCGCUCCAUAACCGCAUCAUGCCCACUGUGGUGCGGCCGCCCAAGCAGCUCCUUCCAGAGCCCAUCGUGUCACCUGAUCAGGACAUGGAGCUGUAUGAAUUGUCGCAGACUGGUUACGAGAUUGGGAUCGUGCGGCAGUUCCCCUUCUCCUCGGCACUGCAGAGGAUGUGUGUGGUGACGCGGACGCUCGGGGAGAAACGCAUGGACGCCUUCCUCAAGGGCGCGCCCGAGGUGGUGGCCAGCCUCUGCAAGAAGGACUCAGUGCCAGAGGAUUUUGCGGAGGUACUGGAGGAUUACACAAAACAGGGCUUCCGGGUCAUUGCCCUGGCACACCGACGCCUGGAGUCCAAGCUGACCUGGCAUAAAGUCCAGAACGUGAACCGGGAUCAUAUUGAAGCCAACAUGGAGUUCCUUGGCCUGAUCAUCAUGCAAAACAAAUUGAAGCCAGAGACCCCUGGUGUGCUAGAGGACCUCCGACAAGCCAACAUCCGCACCGUCAUGGUCACAGGUGACAACAUGCUGACGGCCAUAUCUGUAGCACGGGACUGUGGGAUGAUCCCUCCCGAGGACCGGGUGAUCAUCGCCGACGCACUGCCCCCCAAGGAUGGCCAGGCGGCCAAGAUCAACUGGCGCUACGCGGACAACCCCACUAAGAACUCCACCAAGGCUCCACGGCUGGAGGAAGUGGAGAUCAGCCUGGAGGACGUGACCCAAGGCGAUGAACUCAAGCCGCAGGAGAGCUACCACUUUGCCAUGAGCGGCAAGGCCUUUGCCGUCAUCACCGAGCACUUCCAGGACCUGCUGCCGAAGCUGGUGCUCCAUGGCACAGUGUUUGCCCGGAUGGCGCCGGAUCAGAAGACACAGCUAGUGGAGGCGCUGCAGAGUGUGGACUAUUUUGUGGGAAUGUGCGGUGAUGGUGCAAAUGACUGUGGUGCGCUGAAGAGAGCCCAUGGGGGCAUCUCUCUGUCGGAGCUGGAGGCAUCCGUGGCCUCCCCCUUCACCUCUAGAACGCCCAACAUCUCCUGCGUGCCCAACCUCAUCAGGGAAGGCCGGGCAGCCCUUAUUACGUCCUUCUGUGUGUUCAAGUUCAUGGCCCUCUACAGCAUCAUCCAGUACAUCAGCGUCACGCUGCUCUACUCUAUCCUCAGCAAUCUGGGAGACUUCCAGUUCCUCUUCAUAGACAUCGCCAUCAUCCUCAUCAUCGUCUUCACCAUGAGUCUGAACCCGGCGUGGAAGGAGCUGGUCCCGCGGCGGCCCCCGUCCGGCCUGAUCUCGGGGCCGCUGCUCUUCUCUGUGCUCACCCAGAUCCUCAUCUGCUUCGGCUUCCAAACACUAGCCUUCCUCUGGGUCAGCCAGCAGAGCUGGUACAACAGGUGGACGCCCUCGUCCGAUGCCUGCAACCUGACCUCUUCUAGCAACAUCUCUGUCGAGCACAAUGACACAGAGCUGGAUGACCACAACAUUAAGAACUACGAGAACACCACCCUCUUCUACGUCUCCUCUUUCCAGUACCUCAUUGUGGCCAUUGUCUUCUCCAAGGGGAAGCCCUUCCGACAGCCAAGCUAUAAGAACUGGCCUUUCGUGCUGUCAGCGUGCAGCCUGUACGCCUUCCUGCUCUUCCUCCUGUUUUACCGCAACAGUGCCAUCGACGACUUUUUGGAGAUUGUGUGUGUUCCUAUGGAAUGGCGCCUCACCAUACUGUUAAUCAUCUUCCUCAAUGCUGUUGUCUCUAUCUUUGUGGAGACCCUCGUCCUUGACGUCGUCUUAUGGAAGCUUGUGUUCAGCCGAGACAAGCAGGGCAGCUACGCCGCCAGCCCUGCCGCCCCGACACCACAGGGCAGUGUUGAUUUGUGGGGCCACCGGUGUGUGUCGUGGCUCACCUGCCAGAGGAGGAAGGUGCCCAAAGCGCGCUACAUGCACCUGGCCCAGGAGCUCAGCGUGGACCCCGAUUGGCCCCCCAAGCCCAAAACCACCACGGAGGCCAAGCCCCCACCUCGGCCAGAGAACGGCUCGUACCAGAUCAUCCCAGCAUCCUAGCAUCCCCCCGCCCCCCAUCCUAUUCCUCCCCCAAGACUACUAGUGCCCCCAACCUGUUGCCCAUGCUUAAAUUGGGACCAGAGCAGCAGAAAUGUGUCAAACGGUCAACAUUAUAAAAGAUGUUCUAGACGCAAAAAGCAAAAAGAGACAGAAAAAAAACAACCCAGGUUUGGGAAAAAGAAACACACGGACAAACAGCAAUGGCAAGAACUGAAAGAGUUAUACCUCCUACUACGACACCUGCAGCUGUGGCCAUGGACACAACUAGGGCUGUGUGCUUUUUAUCGUUGUGUUUUGUCUCUGCUCAGACUUGUCCACCCCCCUCAGGCUCGUGCUGAGUGGUGCCCCCAGGCUGGGAACUGCGGGUCAGCCACUCAGACAGCCUGGAAACACUGGGGAGCCUGCUACUGGGUUAUCCAACUUCAAUGGUAUCGCUUUGAAACCCAAUGUAUUUUUUUUUUCUUCUUUUUUACAGUGCUGAGAUCAUGUGCAACGCACAACUGUUUUUUUUUCUCUCUUUUUUUUUUUUUUGGUAAUCCAAAAAUGAAAGAAAAAAAAUAAGAACGACAAACAGGCAGUCUGUGCUUUUCUUACACGACACCCUUUUGCCCACCUCUCUCCAGCAGCCAGCUAUCCUCACCGUGGAGUAGAGAGGUCUCCAAGUGUUCUGAUGCAAUUGUAAACCUGUUGUUUAAAUUAGGCUGUUAUAUACAGGCUGCAUGCCAAAGGUUUGCAUUCAAAAGCAACUACUCAUGCAUGUGAAAUCAUAAACUCCCGUAAGUUAUUAACAGAAAAACCUUGAUGGAUCUGCAAGCCAGUCAUUUUUACACCUAUAUAUUAAUCAAUUGUUAUUUUUUUAUUUUUUUUCAUUUCUUCCCAUGGAAGAAUUUAGUAUGAUGAUGAUGCAGACUAAAAGGCCAGGCAUUGUGAAAAAAGUCCCUUUGCUGUGUGCACUUUCUUUUUCAAACAAACAACACAUCGACUGGGUUCGCUACUGACAAGGUGGACACAUUUGUUAGAGCUGGGCUCUUCAGAAUGAGACUCAAACUCACCGCCGGCAGCACCAAUCAGAGGCGUGGGCUGCCCUCCCAAUAGAGCACAUUGUUCCGUACAGGUAAAGGCCUGAGGGGAGACAGGGAAGAGGCUUUGGUUUGAGGUGUAUCGCUGGCCUUCCUGCAAGAGUGCUGUUUGUCUCUCUCUCGCCAGCAUUUCAUGCCGUGUAUGCGUUGCAGGCGAGGAAUUUUGGCCAGCAGUGUUAAAAGCCACACGUCUGUCCUGUAUGCAAUUUUUUUUUUUUUUUUUGGUUUAAUUGUUUUGUUUUCCUCUCUUUAAAUGGUGACAUAUCAUGUCAGAAUCCAGUGUAUGUCCACUUAGGGAAAGCAUCAGCUUAAAUACAGCACAUGUCCAUGUGAGGUAUUUUUUUAAAAGGUCUUUAUAUAUAUAUAUAUAUAUAUAUAUAUAUAUAUAUAUAUAUAUAUAUAGUAUACGUUGCGUCGUUGGAAUUGACAUCAGAUUUCAGCAGCAGUGUAAGUAAUAUGUCCUGAGCCAUUCUCACUCUCCACAUGAAAGUCAGUAGAAGGAGAACCCAACUGGGGGUUCCUGAGGAGUUUAUUUUGUCUAUUCACAUGGAAGUCAGUAUAAGGAGAACCCAACUGAACAUCUGAUUUACAGUCAAGUAUUGUAGACUGGCGUAUGAGUGUCCAUAGGUGCUGUUGUAAUGCCAGCAACACUAUGUACGAUACGGAUGUACUGUAGGUGUUGGCACUGAUUUUAGUCAGGUGUGAAAAAGGAAAAGUUUUUCCUCAAACGUAUUCAUGGUUGGUAUUUCAGGAAAAGUCAAUACAAUUUAUGAUGAGUAAUGUAAUCAUGGACCUACAAUAUGUUGCAGUUUGACCAUGUGAUUUAUUGAUGAUGAAAAUAUGAUUUUCCCAAAAUAAAGUUAGUUUGGAAGACUUUAAAAAAAAAAAAAAAAUGUUCAGCAGAAAAUAGGCCUACCUGUCAUCUUAAUCUCAUUUGAUUUUACAUGCCAUCUUUAACUCAUAACGUACCUAUUCCAAUUUGUCCCCAGUUAGUCUAUUGAGGGUCAGAGGCAACUUUUUAAAACUUGUUUGAACUGGUCCGCUAUGAUUCUUCCUCUUUUGAAUUGUGAGAUAUGCUUUCAGCAUUACAAUAUACUGUUCCCAAAGUGUUCCCAAAUAAAAUGCUGGAAAUAACAAAUUUACCGAAAGAAUGUCCCACAAUUGCUCCAAAAUUUGUUAGAAUAUUUCAGUGUGUCCAAAUAUGUGGACUGUUAAAACUUUAACUCCGGCUGUAUAUUUGUUUGAGAUGUACAUUUAUUCAUGUAUUUAAAUUAAGCUUUUUGAAAUGGAAUUGUUUAGGUGUGUUUAGACAAUUCUAGGUUUGUUCUUUAAUAUCAGAGUAAGGGCUUUUUUUAUGUUUUUUUGUUUGUUUUGUUUUGUAUUGUUUUUUUGGUACUGUUUGGUCAUAGAUUGUCCAGGUCAGAUGUCUGUCUGUAUAUUUUUGUGCUGUUGAGAUGAUGUAAAUGUCUUGUCAUGUCUGGAAAGAGGGCUGGUAUGCGUUUUGAUCUCUUUUGUUCUCAGUGUACAUCCACUGGGCAUUUCCCCUUUUUUCCCGUUUCAUUUUUGUCAUAGAGGUUUAUAAAAUAACAUUUGGCUCUUGAACUGAUCUUUUAAAAGGAGGUCAAUGUCUACCUAUUUAAGUCAUCACCACAAUGCAAUGCCCAUUUUAUUUAAAACAUGAAAUAAGGGAUUCCACUGUAAACAGGAGCGACUCAUUCAAACUAGAUGGAAAGUUCUAGUCUUUUAUUGAAUGUGUUUCUUUUUCUCAUGGUCUAUGUUAUACGAUGUUCUGUCAUUCUGUUUGCCUUUCCCUCUAUGUUUCUAACAGUGGCUAGACCCCACAACAAAUGUACUCUUGGGUGAAAACUGCUUUCUUAAUUGUUGCUGCAGAUUUUUUAUUCAUAUACUGUUGAACAUCUUAUCUUGUAGAAGUGCUUUGUGUCAAUACCUUUUCCCAUUUGUGCCCCUACACGGGACCAUGCGGUUGCUAAGGGGGCUUUAUACAGUCUGUUGUCAGACAAGAGGCCAGGCACCUUAUUCACAGUCUUUAAUCAAAUGUAAUUGGCAAAUCUGGAUGCAGACACCGACAUCAAAUUUAAUUUUGUCUUCAAGAUGUCUCAUGCCCUUAAACACAGCUCUAAUCUAACAUGUUAUACUCCAUAGAAAGGUACAUAGAAAACAAAUUGAAGAAAAAUAUGUUGUAAAUGUAUCAUUUUUACUGUGUGUUCUAACAACACAUCAAGAGGCGUUUUUUGUCUGUCUAAAGAACAGUUCAGCCACUAGGACUUAUAAACCUUGAGUGGUUUUACAUCCUCAGGGAAAUGUACAUGUAUUUGUAAUAAAUGAUUGAUUAAAUGAAAAAUGGAGCCGAAUUAAAGGACAAUGACCAUAAAACAGAACAACAGGGCCUUUGUGUCUGUGCUUUUAUUUUGUUUUCUUUAUGUUAGUCUCCAGACUCCUUUUCACCCCUACAGCCAAAAUUUUUUUUUUUGUGGUGGUUGUUUGUAUCUCCUCUCUUUAAAGAUGGAACACAUGUUUUUUCUAAAUCAUGUUUUGCAGAGAUGUAAAUUGCUUUUCUACGUCUAAUUUAUUUUUAAUUUAUUUUUUAUUUGUAUCUGUUUUCUGAUGAUUCAAUUUCUCAGAGGUAUCCAAGUUCUUUUUGAUUUCUCUUGCCCCCUAAUUCUUUGCAAUAAAAUCAUCAAGAGUC